CUGCAAAACAAGAGGCUGCGGAUUGCGUUAGCGAGAAACCAGUUCACGCCGGAGCCCGCGGUAGGAACCUGUCUGUCGGAGCCGGCCGCUCGGCGGGACUCUGAGGGAAAACUGCCACAGGUCGCGCCGUCUGUCAGCAUGGGCAAAGGAGACCCCAACAAACCGCGGGGCAAGAUGUCCUCGUACGCCUUCUUCGUGCAGACCUGCCGCGAGGAGCACAAGAAGAAGCACCCCGACUCGUCCGUGAACUUCGCCGAGUUCUCCAAGAAGUGCUCGGAGAGAUGGAAGACCAUGUCCGCCAAGGAGAAGUCCAAGUUCGAAGACAUGGCCAAGAGCGACAAAGCCCGCUACGACCGGGAGAUGAAGAACUACGUGCCCCCCAAGGGCGACAAGAAGGGGAAGAAGAAGGACCCCAACGCCCCGAAGAGGCCCCCAUCUGCCUUCUUCCUGUUUUGCUCGGAACAUCGCCCAAAGAUCAAAAGUGAGCACCCCGGCCUGUCCAUUGGGGAUACUGCGAAGAAACUGGGCGAAAUGUGGUCUGAGCAGUCAGCCAAGGACAAGCAGCCGUACGAGCAGAAGGCGGCCAAGCUGAAGGAGAAGUACGAGAAGGAUAUUGCUGCAUACCGUGCCAAGGGCAAAAGUGAAGCAGGAAAGAAGGGCCCUGGCAGGCCAACAGGCUCCAAGAAGAAAAAUGAGCCAGAGGAUGAGGAGGAGGAGGAAGAGGAGGAAGAAGAUGAAGACGAGGAAGAGGAGGACGAAGAUGAAGAAUAAGUGGCCGUUCUGUAAUGAUGCGUGUGGAGUAUGCAUGUGUGCUCAGGCAACUGUUUUGCUAAGAAUGUGAAUUCAAGUGCAGCUCAAUAUUAGCUUCAGUAUAAAAACUGUACAGAUUUUUGUAUAGCUGAUAAGAUUCUUUGUAGAGAAAAUACGUUUUUAAAAAUGCAGGUUUGUAGCUUUUUGAGUGGCUACUACAUAGUUAGAUUUUAAAGCUUCUGAUGUUGAAUGUUUCUAAAUAUUUAAUGGUUUCUUUAAUUUCUUGACUUGUGUUUGGUAGCACAGCAAACUUGUAGGAAUUAGUAUGGAUAGAAAAUUUUGGGUUUUUUAGAAUGUUACAUUUUGGUUUUUUUAAAAAAAAAUUUUGUAAUAAAAUUAUGUAUAUUACUUCUGUUGUCUUUGUCUUCUAUGCUAAGUUUAUU